UCUAAAGCCAGCCAUGGGCACUGCCAUCAUCUUCUUCUGCCUCCUGUACCUCUGGGGGGCACUGGGCCUCCGCCCUUCCCCAGCCCCAGCACGGCUCCGAUGUUACACUUGCAACUUUGCCAAACCCUGCCUUCCAGUCCCCACGGCAUGUCAGGACGAUGAAGCUUGCGCUGUCAGUAUUGGCACCUCAGAUGAGGGCGAGAACAUUGAACGGAAGGGCUGCCUCCCAAGAUCCCAGUGCUCCCUGCCAGGCCAUGCCACCUACUGGGCGCGCUCCUAUACUCUGCUGCACCGCUGCUGCCAACAGGACUUGUGCAACGCAGCCUCGCGCCUGCCAUGGCUCCCCAGCCCGCUCUUCCUCGUGGCCCCACUCCUCUCGGCCAGCAUUGCGUGGGGCGGCCACCCCUUCCACUAGCCACGGGACUGGCAGCCCGCAGCCCAGGAUGCAUAGACUCUUUUAGAUGUGCCCAAGAAGCUGAGUUUGAAAGGAGACCUGCUGUAGAACUCGCCACCUCCAGACUCCGCUGAAGAGGGUCCCGCCUCUAGGGAGCACAGUCUCACCAACAACACCUGCCGGGCACCCCCUCCUGUCCACAGUUGAUGCCCCAUCUUCGACCCCUGUCUCUAGCAAGGCAGGCAUUUCAGGCUCCCGGGCAAGAGGACUGGGGAGUUGGGGGGUACCAGGCACGGGGAGGAGGGGCAUCUUGCUAGGAGAGAUGCAUUUUUAGAGCAGGAGCUCUGGAAGAAGGUUUUGGGGAGUUCAUUUAAUUGAAUAAACGCGGCUCUCUGGUAUUCCA